CACUAACUAGACAAUAAUAAGAUGUUUAAACGCACUGAUUGCUUUAAAAAAAAAAAAAACCCGGAAACUGACUAUAAAGAUUAAGCUUAGCUCGCUAAUCCUGAUAAAGCUAGCUGUCGGUAGCUAAAGCUAACCAACUUACCGGAGGAAACCUGGCGUUGUAUUUCUUCUUUUUGCUUGGCAUUUUAAAAUUAUUUUUCUAAUCCCAGAUUGAAUUUAUUUAUUUAUUUAUUUACGUCUUAUUAUUAUUUACAAUCCUUCUUCUUUUCCCCAGGUCACUAUUUCGGUCUGUGCGGCUUCUUUUUCCUCUUCCAGCCGAAUUCACGCUAGCGCCGCUCAAGCCACAUUCCAAUACACUCACUUAUCCACUCAAUUGGGAGAAAAGUCCGUCUUCUGAUAAACACAGAAUCAUGCACUAGCUAGGCGCCCUAGGCAGGACACACGCAUGCGAAUCGCAACACCACCCCCAAUUCCGUUUUCCAGUGAUUCUGAAUCAAGCAAGUAGUGGGAGUGUUGUGGAUUUUUGUUGUUUUAUUUAAGUCGGCGGCUAAUUUCUGUCUACAAAUCUUGAGCAGUAUGUAGAAUCGGUUUCAUAUCGGUUCACUUGUGAUUAAACGCCGCAGUCCACCAAGUCGCAUCCAGAACAGAAGAUGGAGGAAGAAGACGACCAUCCUCAAGCUCUUUCAGCAGAGGAUUAUGCAGCCGAGGCUAUGGCGGCCGAUCUAUGUCCUUGGAUUGAAUUCGACGCCCGUAAAACUCCCAGAGCCGAGUUCCCCAGUUGGUUGGAGUCCAAUCGUCCCUCACAGGUGAGCCGCUUCGGGGACGACGUCUCGGGUCCUGUAGGGUGGAUCGCCGUGUAUGGCACCAGCCACUGCCCGAGCAACGGCGACGUCUUGGGCUUGCAGGAGAGCUGGGAAAGACUUCUCUCCAGCGGCCGAGCUGUCACUUUCCAGACCAUUAAAGAGCUCGCUCUGAACCACAACGUGCUCUCGGGGAAAUGGCUGAUGCACCUGGACACAGGUUUCAAAGUGGACCACGCGUGGGAGUGUGUAGCAAGAGCCAUCCUGGACGAGAAGAUCUCCAACGCCAAAGUGAGCCCACGCGAGCCCAACUCGGACGGACGGCACGUCAUUUGCGUCUACAACGAUAACUUCACCGAUGAAGAACAGGUGAUGCAGCUGGACGCAGCCAUCAGGGCGACCGGCAUCAAGUGUCCUCUGUCUUACAAACCAGACGUCUACACCUAUCUGGGGAUUUACAGGAAUAACCGCUGGAAGCUGUGCCCCACCAUUUACGAGAGCAAGUUCGAUCUAGAGUGCGUGCCCCGGCGCUCACACAUCAUCAACAAAAUCACCAACUUGGAGGUGACAUAAGCAGAUGAAGAAAACUCCUCCAGCAUUGAGGACUGUCCUGAUGGUACUGAUGCAUGUGUGGGUGUGUGUGAGUGACCUCAGAACAACGUGAAUCUUCUCUCUUUCACCUAAAAUAGUUCCCUGUUUCUUUUUGUUUGGCUUUUGUUUUAAGCCAAUUUUAAAGAGAUUGUAGUAAUUUACAAAUAACUUCAUCUCUUCCUUACCAUGAUGCCAAUUACCAUUAAUCAUUUGUGUUGACUGAUGAGGAACAAAAAGAUUACACAUGUUAUGUUCAAUAAACAGGUGUGAAACACU